AUGAAUCAGUGGCAGCUGCUUGGCGGCGCACAAUCAGCAUCAUCGUACCAGUUCCUGUCAGGUGAAUACAACACGCCAUCGGCAUUUCCUUUUACUGUCAACAACGGCAACUCCAUGAAUACCGGCUGUAGCAUCAGCGACCAUGCCGCGCUCUCUUCGGAGCUUCAGGCGCAGCGCAAGAUGUACGCGGAGUUGAAGCGUGACCUGGGCGGGCUUCGUCGCCGACUCGAGGUGCCGUAA